GGCACAACGUAAACAAACAUGGACGUCGAGCUGGAGGAGGUCGCCAAGCUCUUGUUUGAAGACGGCGUUCCAGAUACGUGGAAAGACAACGAGGAAUUUUCAAAUUACAUAGUUCAGCUAGCAUCAUGCGGUGUAGAAAAGCUUGGCAAGGAGGGUGGCCACCUGCGGGAGGAGAGGACGGCCAUUCUGGACCAGACGAGGGACCUGGCCUACACCAACUACAAGACGUUCAUUCAUACAGCUGAUUGCUCGAGAACCAUUUUCAAAGAUUUCACAAGUGUUGAGAGCCACUUAGAAGGCUUGUCGUCGUGCCUGCCCAACCUGCGGAAGAGUGUGGAUGGAUUUCUGGCCACGUCGCGCAGCCUGGCUCAGUCGCGGCACCUCACGUCCCUCACGCUGACAAAGCACACACAGUUGCUGGAGAUCCUGGAGCUGCCACAGCUGAUGGACACAUGCGUGAGAAACGGUUACUAUGAAGAAGCGCUGGAGAUCUUAGCAUAUGUGAGAAGGCUAGAGAAGAAACACACAGAUAUCCCUAUAAUAGCAAACAUCGUGAUGGAGGUCCAGGCAGGCACUCGGCUGAUGUUGAGCCAACUUCUGGCGCAGUUGCGAUCGCCCUUGGCCUUGCCGCAGUGCCUCAAGGUCAUAGGUCUACUUCGGCGACUGGACGUGUUCACCGAGCCUGAGCUGAGGCUGAAGUUCCUGCAGGCGAGGGAUUCGUGGUUCAACAGCGUCCUGAAGGGGAUACCUAAGGAGGACAGUUACCAGCACAUCAUUAAGGUUGUAGAAGCAUCUCGUGUCCACCUGUUUGACAUUGUCACCCAGUAUCGUGCCAUCUUCUCAGAUGAUGACAUGCGUUUCAGCCUUGGGGACCCAGAAGUCAAUGAGCAAGCCAUUUUCCAUGGGUGGAUUCUGCAUAAGGUAAACCAGUUCAUGAAGAUUGUAGAGAAGGACCUUGAGCGAGGUGUGGGCCCCAACUUGGAGGCUGUCCUAGCCCAGUGCAUGUUCUUCGGUCAGUCCUUCAGCCGUAUUGGGGCUGAUUUUAGAAACCUCCUCAUUCCACUGUUCCAGAAAGCUGCCCUCUUGCAGUGUGAGAAGGACAUACGCACAGCCAACAUUAAGUUCGAUGAAACCCUGAGUAGCUUUUCGCUCAUGGAGGCACCGUUCCUCAGUGCUCCAUCUGCUAUACAGAUUGAGACGCAGGUAUGUACGAAACUGUUUGGUUUGAAAGACAGAGGGAAAGGUGCUCUCACAGUCUUUCUUCUAUCUGUUUCUCUCUCAGUCUCUAUCUCUGUUUCUCUUUCUCUGUGUUCUCAUUAUUUUUGUUUUUGUCUCUUUUUAUUGUUGUUGUUAUCAUUCUUAUUAUGUCAGGCUUGUGAUGGUAUUUAUUCUUGAUUCUGGCCCUCUGCCAUUGUCUUUUUCAACAUUGGGAAGAUUUUAGGCUUGAUGUGAAUUUAAGGUUGGUGGGAAGGCAUGGAUAGACUUAUAUGUAAUUAUUAUUAUUUAAAAAAAAAAUUAUGAUAUAUAUUUUUCUGAAUUUAAAGUGAAGGACGAACAGUAUGAUGAGAGCAAAAUCAGUGGUAAAUAAAUAAAUAAAUAAAUAAAUUUAAAUUCAAGAUGAAAUGGCAAGUUAACCCUCAAGAACAGACAGGACAGAGCUUUAAGUAUGAAAGGUGAAAACACACAACGUGUUGAUACUAUAGUAGAAA